UCGUUCUCGGAUGGAUUCAAAGUGACCGGGCUCCAGUUGCUGAGACUGGAGAUUCGUAAUUCGAGGGGGUUUUCAGUCAGUCAAGUGUUGGCCCCGAAGCUCGAGUCGUUCUGUUUCACUACUCAUGUCAGUCAUAUUGUAGAACUCCCCGAGUUGAACCUUCCGUCCCUCGAUCGCGCUACUGUGCUCAUGGUGUCCUAUCCAUAUGCGGGUUUGUAUAACGAGUUGGGAUGGUGUAGUCGAGUAGCCGUGAAAUUUUUGCAGGGUUUGCGUAACGUGAAAUCUCUCGACUUAUAUUUCGAAGAUGUGAAUUGCACGAAGAAAGGAGGAGGCUCGUUUACGAGAAUCAAGCCAAUGAUUGAGAAUGAAAUCUCUCGAUUUACGAGGCUGAAGACUUCGAGGAUUCGAUAUUAUCCAUGCGAC